CUGGGAACCCCACCCCGGGCCGCGCCAAUGGCAGGCCGUAGACCGCUGAUUGCACGACGCUAAAAAGGGAAGCGCUUGCAGCCCCAAUGCACAGCGGUUUGCAUUGAUUUUCGCCCUGGCAUUCAUGGUUCUUUGUUGUCUUUGUUUCGAAAGGAAAAUGCCACACCAGCCAGAGAAAUCGAGCUGCACUGCGCUAUUAUAAAGACUAGGUCCAAUCCUUCAGCCUCACGACAGACAAAAAACUUCCCUCUUCUCCUUUGUCGCUCUUUUUAUUUCUUUGGAGAUUCACUUCGCCUUGCACUUUUAAUUAUUCAGCUUCUGGCCUUGCCUAUCCACUAUUAUUGCACCUCAGACACACACAAAAAUGCAGACCCCUUCGUCUCGCUACUCAUCCUCGCUCUCCUCGGAGGGCUCGUGCCCGCCGGUUCAGCUGCGCAAGCUGCAGGCAACACACGAGGGCUGGCUCUACAAGCAGAGCACAGGCUCGUUUAUGCGGUCGUGGAAGCGGCGGUACGUUGUGCUGUCGGAUGAGCGCCUUUAUAUCUUCAAGGAGAGCUUUGACUCGACAUCCACAACAUCUGUGGUGGCGCUGUCGAACUUCCGGUCCGUGCGGCGGGUGGCGAAUCCGCGCAAGACCCCCUAUGGUUUGGUUCUGAUGACACACCGGCGGUCCUCUGUGUUUGAGGACCCGACCGACGAGGUCAAGGAGAACUUUGAGCUGGAGCUGUAUGCCGAGUCGGAGGCGCAGCUGAACCAAUGGCUUGACACUAUCUCCAAGAUCCUAGUCAACAUGGACAUGCGGUCGUUUGUAUCGCCGCUGACCAGCUUCGAUGCGCUGCUGCAGCGGGCAGGCAACAUGCAGAGCCCGAUGAGCUCGGUGCGCAGCCAGAUUGCUCAGCACCGCGCGACAUUGAGCCACUCGCCGUCCACAGCGACGCUGGUGUCGAAUGGCUCGAUGGAGGCCAAGGCGGUUUCUCCGCCAAUCUCGGGCAGCGCCCUGGCCAGACUCGGCCUCUGAACAAACCACUCUUGCACACUCGCCCCCAUUGUCCAAUCCGCUU